CCGGAAAUCGAAAUGAGGCUACACCAUGGCGGAGGUGGGGCCUGGGAGGACCGUGGGCUCGCGAAGGGGCCGGGUUCGGAGCCAGCGGCGGCCCCCGACUUGGGAGAUCUCGUACUCGGACUCUGAGGCCGACGCCAUGUCGAAGGAGGGUGCUGGAGCCCGGAGCGCGGCAGGGCAGCGCAGGGCAGCACUUGAGGCACGGCGGCCCAAGCAGGCAUUGCAGCACUUGGUGGUGCGCGUAGACCCAGCUGUCCUGGAAGACGCUGGCUGAGACAUCCUGUUGGAGGCACUGGGUGCCCUGGGGUGUGAGUGUCGCAUCGAGCCACAGAGUCCAGCCUGCAGCCCGUGGAGUCGAGUGAAGCCUGACCCCCGGCCCCCAGGCGUGCUUCCUGAGGUGUGGGCUGCAGAGGACCAGGAGCUGCUGCUGCUACUGGAACCUCAAGAAUUUCUGCAGGGAGUGGCUCAGCUUACUCAGACCUCAGGUCCACCUUGCUCCAUGCCCUGGAUUUCUCCCAAGAGCCCUGCCCGUCCCCAUGUGGCUGUCAUCAGGCUGGAUGCCUACCUGUGGUCUCACCAGCCAAGUACCCAGGGGCCCCAGCAGCCAGAGUGUCCAGUGGUGGACCAGGCCCAGAUGAUCAUUGGCUGGCCUGAGGUGGAAGAGGCCUGGUGCUCCAGCUGCUCCUCAGAGACCUGGACGUGCUGUUGGUGACCUCAUGGCAGGAGCUGAGUCAGCAUGUAUGCUUCCUCACCAAAGCCCUCGCCCAAUGACCCUCUAAGCAGUACCAGGACUUGAAGCCCUUUUCCUUCUGCACAUCAGGGCGCUGGGCCUCAAGCCAGAGAGUGGCCAGAGAUGGCUCCGGGCUGCAGGGGGUGUGGUGGAGGCAGAUCCAGCAGUUUAACAGGGUCAGCCCAGCCAUGGCUGAUGCUGUGGUUGGUGCCUUCCCCUCUCCCCAUCUUUUGCAGCAGGCAUUCCUGAACUGCAGCACAGAACAGGAGCGCCUUGGCCUCCUGGCUGACCUUCCUGUGAAGACCCACAAAGGCAGGCAGCACCAAAGGGUAGGGCCUGACCUCUCACACAGAAUCUGCCUCUUCCUGACCUCCUGAUGCAGAAUCUACCAACCCUGACCUCCUUGUGGACCUGGGCUCCUGAGCACAUACCUGCAGGACCCAUUUGGGCUUCCUCCUACAUCCAUCAGCAGGACAGUAUAUAGCCCAACCCAGAGACUGACUGGACACCCUGAAAGACAGGACCCCAUGUGGACUCAGUCCCUGGGUGGUCAGGUCUAAGCUUGAUGGGUGGGUGAAGGGUGGAGGGAAGUUCUGGAAUGAGCAGAAACACAUGCUCUUCCCCACUGCAGGGGGGCAGGCAGCAGAAGGACCUGGAGAAGAUGGGAACUCUUGGCCUUGGACCCUCUGGCUUCAGGGGAGCCAAGGAGCCAAGCAGUGUGUCCAGAAGGGGCUGUUGGGCAGUACCCAGGCCCACAGCCACCCAGAGGCUUGAGGGGUGGCUUCCUUGGGAGGAGUAAGAGAUGUUGGGGAGAGGCGAACCAGGCCUGCCCCUUCCAAGCUUUGGACAUAGCCAGACCUGGCAGGAGGAAAACUGGACACAGGAGAGCCCGAGGCCUUGAGGUGGACUCUUUAAUCUUACAGCUGUAUGAGUAUUUGAUACAGUUAUUAAAGUCUCUGUGACAGGAGCAGCAGCUGAUAACAUGCAAAGCGAGCUAAGAAAAAAUCCAGGUCCGGCAGGAACAGAAUGAACUGAGCUCCACC